AUGCUUGCCAUAAAACUUGCUAAAAACAAUAUGGUAUCAACUGUACAUUCAUGCCCUUCCAUACAAGCAAUUGUUAACGAAAAUAAUCUGAACCUCGAAAACAUUAUUAUCUCCCAAACGCCUUUCUUUCCUCCAUGGACCUCGAUCUCUAAUAUGAUAGACACAAGUAUUACCAGUCUGUCUAAAAACACAACCAGUUCACACAUUUACAUUCAAGAAUUCAAAAACAUUUUAGAUCAGUAUUCCAAUUUUAUAAAAAUCUACACUGACGCAUCCAAAACCGAAAGCAACGUGGGAAUCGCUAUCAUAUAUAAUGACGUAGAAGAAAUAACAUAUAAACUUUCAGUAGAAUGCUCCAUAUACACCGCUGAAGCAAUUGCUAUUCUUAAAGCCCUCGAAUAUUCACUUGAUAAACAAAACAAUAACUUUGUCAUCCUAAGCGACUCCCUAAGCUCUAUAAUAAGUAUUGCCAACACUCUCAAACCUAAUGACAUAUCAAAGAAGAUUCAGCUCGCUAUAUCUGCCCACCAAGCCAAAGGAAAUGUAGUAAAAAUAAUGUGGAUUCCAGGACACUCAUCAAUAGAAGGAAACGAAAAAGCUGACACGCUCGCGAAAAAAACAGCAGUAAAUACCCCCAACAGCAUUAUCGCAAACAUUUCUGCCCAUGAUGCUAUACGCACAAUAAAACUCAUAUCAGCAAAAUCCUGGCAAAACCUCUGGUCCACACAAAGAACAAAACUCAAUGAAAUAAAGCGAUCAACCCUACAUUGGCCAAACAAUCACUCAAAUCGCAAAAUAGAAACCUGUAUUAACAGACUCCGAAUAGGUCACACCAAACUCACCCACGGGUACUUAAUGUCUCGUGAGGAACCCCCUAUAUGCCCAUCCUGUGGUGUAAAUUUAUCGAUUAAACACAUCAUGACCGAGUGCAACAUCUACCGCGAUGCAAGGGAACUCAACCAUCUUCCGGAAGACAUAUUUGAAAGCCUCGGACCUAACCUACCAGUCUCCAAUAUAAUAGCCUUCCUUCAACAGUCUGGUUUGCUCAAACUCAUCUAA